AUGCGUAUCUAGCAACUAUAUAAAGUGUUAGCUAGGGCACUUCACAACACUACAGGGAGACAGGAUAGUUCAGAUGAGUUAUCAUCGGUACCCAUGGACUGCGAGACCGCCACCAAGGACCCUAUUAUUGCUUUACCGUUCGAUAUCAUCACAGACAUUUUCUUCAGGAUUCCGUAUGGCGAGCGGCUGAUUUUACGAAGAGUCUCAAAGUCCUGGAAUAGAGAAUUGCUAUCGAACUGUAUACUCUGGCAGCACAUUGACUUCCUUAGCGGGAAGCGGCCGGUCCGCUUAGCUGAUGUCGAACGGUCCAUUGCGUUUGCGGAUGGAGUUAUUCAAGAACUUUACCUGGAGAAACUAUUCCGUCCUGAAGAGUCUCUUUGUGUCGAUGCGCUCAUGGAGGCUUCAGAUCGAAACCCAGGAGCAUUAAGACGUCUUGAGCUGAAUUGCUAUGCUCCUCACUUUUGGACUAUGGAUCCCCAUGGGUCGUCUUCCAUGGGCGGAAAAGUGCGCAUAGAUACCUUUUGUAACCUAACAAGUUUGAAAAUUGCACUUGACCAAGCAGACUAUUUUCUCAGGGAGUCGUUGGGUCAGGUGACGUUUUCGAAUCUGCAAGAGCUGUUUAUCUAUGCCGACAGGUAUAGACAUUAUAAUAGGAGAGGUUGGAUCAGAGCUCCUACCGGUCUUGACGGUGUACCAUUUCCAAAUUUGAAGCUGUUCAAACUCGGUUCGCAACUAGCGGAGGAGGCACUCCAGGAAUGGGAGUUAUCAUAUAUUGGACCGGUGAGGUAUCUUAAAAUAUUGAUGGACCAGAGGUUGUUGCAUGUUUUGAUUGCAAUGAUGCCUAAUCUUGAACAUCUUGAAAUCAUAAGAGUAGCAGCGGGUGACUCCUCGGGGAGGGCUGUGAAAGCUGUACCCAUGUAUCUUUCUAGGCAUUCCAGACUUACCUAUCUGAAUCUGACACAGAGUUCUCUGGAUCGUAAUCCUCUGCUUCCCAAAAAUUGCAAGACGUUGAUCUUAGACUCUUCAGAUGUUCCCACUUUCGCAACCAUCUUUGACCGCUCUCAUCUCGAUUAUGAUAGAGAGGCGUUUGAAAAGCAGAGCGGAUCUAUUGAGAAGUACGAUAUCAGUCGGCAAGAAUCGCUCUCGAACUACGAGGUCAUGCACCAACUCUCACUUCUCAAUCCGGAAGCAGUCACGGAUCUGAGUCUUCGUCUGGUGUGUAGACAUUUUUGGCCAGAUGACCGACGUAGGAUGUCUGGUAUCGCGCGUACCUUGUCAAGGGGAGUCACUGUCCCCGAUAUGUCACCGAUUGAUUAUAUGCUUCAGCAAUUACCGAACAUUGAGAGAUUGAACGUCAGCUGCACCAGAGUCACGGAUCUGGCGAUGGACAAAAUAAGCCGUUUCCAGCGUCUUGAAUAUCUUGAUGUCUCGGGAACGGCGGUGACGCUACAAGGUGUGCUUUAUCUGUUGAACCCGGAAGUAAACGGGUCGAAGGUGAACAAUUCGCAAACCUGGCGCUGGUCCGAUGAGCCGUGGAGAUCGACGACAAACUUGAAGACCAUAAUUUUGAAGAAAUGCCGUCAUAUUGAUGAAAGUACAAUGGAAUGGCUAGAAGAUCAUGGUAUAACGACAGGCUUGAGACUCAGUGACGAUCCUGAAUGGGUUCAUUUAAAGAACUGGGACUUUAAAGAUAUGAAUCACUUUAGAUGAAAUGAUGAGUGGACGGUAUUCGAGUGAUGAUUCAGUUUAUACAUGGACUUGACCAAGAGGACGAGAACCGAUUCAAUUAUUGUUAGAUCUACGGAUUGCUUGGUUAUGUGAGCAUCAAACUUCUUUUUGAAUUAUGAAUAGCUAUUCGUCAAUAUAAUGUGAUUGUUAUCUGCGUCGCCUAUGAAUAUCUGAUUCAACCACAAGAAUAUCGAGGAUUUGAUCAUGCUCCUCUCU